ACUGGUAUACAAGUCACACGCAGACAUGAUCUAGAACCUGAUAAUACGGAACUUGUUGUUACUGAGUUAAUGAAAUCUAACAACAAACCAAUCAUACUUUACACGUUUUAUCGUCCCCCCGACUCUAAACCCGAUGUCCUUCAGCAGCUAAAUUAUUCUAUCCAAAACAACCCAGAAUCAAGUCGUAUUGUGUUGAUAGGCGAUUUUAAUCUACCAUCAGUUAAAUGGUCGUCUGAUCAGAAAACCCCCAUCAACAUCGGAGGACCUGCUGAGAAUGAAAUCUUUUGCGAUUUGGUAGACGACAACUUCCUUCUGCAAUACAUACUUGGCCCUACCCAUACUGCUGGGAUAAACUCGAUCUGUUGAUGUGUAACUCUCCUGAAAUCGUCGGCGACGUCUCCGUUCUCCAUCCCGAGACCUGUGGUUUCCCAACAGAUCACUACAUCGUGGAAUUUGACGUGAAGUUGAAGUUUAAAAGAGCCAAGCCAAUAAAGCGCCGAGUAUUCGACUAUGGAAAAGGAAAUUUCGAUGAGCUACGUAACUUCCUGACACGAUAUCCCAUCAAUGUUACCCCAACUGAUAGCAUUAAUGAUGACUGGGAACAAUGGAAGGACACAUUCUUAACUGCUGUGAGAAGGUACAUUCCGAUGAGAACUGUCAAAGACAAAAAUAGUCCACCAUGGAUCGAUAAAGAAGUGCGUCAACUAAUCCGUAAGAAGUACAAAGUUCUAAAACAAUACCGCAGGAACAAAUCUGCUGAUCGAAAGCGUAAAUUACGAAGCGUUACUCAACAAAUCAAAUACUUGAUUCGAAGUAAACACCGAGGCUAUCUGGCUAAAAUAGAAAGUUCGUUCUGUGACAACCCCAAACUAUUCUGGAGUUACCAUAAAUCAAUUCUUCACCACCGGACAGGUCAGAGCAACGAAAUAACAUAUAAUGGUUUCACAGCCAAGACGGCGAAAGAAAAAGCGGAUCUUUUUAACACUUACUUUUCUUCAGUGUUUCAUCCAUCUUCUACCACUUGUAACCAGACGCCUCGAACGGAAAGCAAAGAGAACAUCUCGGAGAUAACAAUCGAUGUAGACGAAGUUGCGCAAUUUUUGCGCGCCCUUGAUACCUCGAAAGCAUGUGGCCCCGACGGCAUUCCAGCUCGCCUGUUACAAGUAUGCGCCCUUGAAAUCGCACCAAGCAUAU